GCGACAAGUAAACACGACCAUCCCACCGCCACCCAAAGGCGGGCGCGCGCAUCUGACUUUCUGCCUCAUGGGCGACAAGCUACACCUUGCAUUGCUCACGACGACCUUCUCAACACCACAAAUAUCGUAUUCUUGGGUCGCUUACUGUCGCAUAGCACUCACAUAUCUUUGCUAAAGACCCAGACACAGUAUCUCUACUCGGUGACUUGUGCCCGCCCUCGGACCACGCCGUUCCGGAGUUUAGUCCGGGGCCAUCAUGUCGCAAGACACGGGCCUAUUUAGCGUCCGCCGGCCUCGAGAGACCCUAGGCAGUCUCAACCUCAACUCCGCGAUUCCCCAACCCCACUCGGCGAUGAAGCGGAACUCGGUAGCGGGAGCGGGCGCCCCCUUCUCCAACGGCCAUGUCCGUUCCUUGUCCGGGUCCCGACAGUCCCUGGCCAUGUCGAGGCCGAGCCAGCCCGUCUUCUCGCGCGCCUCGACGUCAGGCAACAACAACCUGGGCGACCUGGGCAUGUCGUCGGUCAAGAGGCCGUCGGCCCAAAACAGCACCAGCACAUUUAGGGGCGCAUUCACCCCGGGAGGAGGCGCCGGCAGGGCAUCCGUGGAUAGGGACCGUAGGAGCAGUGUCUACCAGCCGCCGCGAUCCGCCGCCCCGACCCCAGGCGGCCACCAGAGCUUCUUCCAGCAGGCGCCGCAGCCGGCCGGCGUCCCCAAGGACCCGCGCCCGCUCAAGGACAGGUCGUACCAGAACCGCAUCGGCCAGGAGCUGCUCGACUACCUGACCCAGAACAACUUUGAGCUCGACAUGAAUCACAACUUGUCGCAGAACGUUAUCAAAUCACCAACACAAAAGGACUUCAACUACAUAUUCCAAUGGCUAUACAACCGCAUCGACCCAAGCUACCGUUUCAUGAAAAACAUCGACCAGGAGGUCCCGCCGCUACUCAAGCAGCUGCGGUAUCCCUACGAGAAGGGCAUCACGAAGAGCCAGAUCGCGGCCGUGGGCGGCCAGAACUGGUACACGUUCCUGGGCGUGCUGCACUGGAUGAUGCAGCUGGCGCAGAUGAUAGAGGGCUUCGCGCUCAACCGCUACGCCGACGCCUGCCUCGAGGCCGGCGUCGACACCAUCGGUGACCACAUCACGUUCGACUUUUUAACGGCUGCCUACGCUGAGUGGUUGGGCAUGGACGACAGCGUCUCGGAGGAAGAGGCUGACAAGAUGUUGGCCCCCCACAUCGAGACCAUGGCGCGGUCGUUCGAGCAGGCCAACGCCAAGCACUUCCAGGAGCUCCAGAUCCUCGAAGCGGAGCACGCAAAGUUGCUCAAGGAGGUGGAGGAGCUCGAGAAGUCGACGCCGGACCCAGCCAUACUCGACAGCCACUUCAAGAUCAUGGAGGAGGACAAGAUCAAGUUCGAGGAGUACAACCAGCUCGCGGUGCAGCGGUCCGAGAAGUACGACAGCCGCAUCCAGGUGCUGCAGGAGGAGCUGGACAAGGUCAUGGUGGAGUUGGCCGAGGCCGAGGAGGAGCGGCGGUCUCUGCAGCAGGCGGUCGACGACCAGGGGAUCAGCAUGCAGGAUAUCGACCGCAUGGCAUCCGAACGGGAGCGGCUGCAGCGCACCAUCGAGACGGCGGCGCAGCGGCUCGAGGACGGGAAGCGCAAGGUGGCGGAGAAGGAGGUCGAGGCCAGCGCCAAGCUGGAGGAGCUGGAGCGCAUGGUGGACCGCUACAACACGGCCGCGUACCAGAUCAACCUGAUACCGUCCACGGCGGCCAACGCCAAGGGCAGGGAUUUGGAGCUCCACGUGACGGUCAACGAGGGCCCCAGCUUCUCGUCAUCGGUGCAGCAGCAGCAGCAGCUCAAGGGCUCGUACACGGGUGGCAACAUGGAGAACGAGCGGCUGCUGGUGGACCCGGUGACGGGGUACCAGCCCGCGCACGUGCUCAACCUCGACCUCCGGGGCCAGGUUAAGAACAUGCUGGCGUCGAUGAAGAAGGAGGUCUCGGAACGCCGGGGCGUGGCCAUGGACACCAUGAUGAAGGACCACGACCUGCUCGACAGCAUCAAGGAGGCCAUGGAGGACAAGCGCAGCGAGGUGGAGGCGCUCGAGCACCGCGUCGGCGCGGCCGAGGAGGAGUUUGAGAAGACCAAGGAGGUGACGACGGCGCAGCGCAUGGCGUCGGACGCACAGAUCGAGAAGAUGGAGAAGGAGCUGGCCAAGAUGCGGGCCAGCCUGUCCGAGUCGGUGCAGCUUCUGGAGCAGCGGGAGAUGACGACCAAUAUCGAGUACGAACAACUGACGCUCAAGGCCAACGCCCUACGCGAGGAGCUGCACACGGAGAUUAUGCGCAUGCUCAACGACGUGUGCAAGUUCAAGAUGCACGUGCAAAAGAGCAUAGCCGAGUACGAGGGCUUCGUGACCGAGGAGGUCGACGUGGAGCUGGGGAGCAACGAGAUGAGGGACGAUACCCAGGACAUUGACAUGUAACACCCGUUUUUAUUUUUUUCCUGUAUCUUUUUCUUCCUUGCGCGGGUCGUGCUCCGGACUGGUCUGCUGGAGAAGGCGUUUCAUGGCACUAUGAUUGUACAUGUCGGUUGGCUGGCUGUUCGGGGGUCUUGUUUGUUCUCCCUCACAGGCGUUUUUUUGGGGUUUGAGGAGGGAGCUAGGCUGCCUCCUGGUUGCCCGUUGGGAUAUUUUGGGUUGUGCUUGUUGACGAUUUUCUAUACCCGCGAGAUACCUAGGGCUUCAUGUUCUUUUCCUUUUUCUUCUUGUUUAGUCUUCAAGACCGGCACGAAUUGACGAAUCACGGCAAUGAAUUGCGCGGUUUCUUUCUGACACCACGGGAAUCGGGAGUUCCAUAUUGCAAUGCAUCCAUGGAUGGCUGAGCCUCGCUCCGGCUUACUGUGGGCUACUGGCUGCCUCCACACCACCCCGCACGAAAC